CAUGUGGCGUUCACGGAGGCGGAGAUCCCAAAUAGAGGGUUUUCUGAGUAUCAAGCAGUGUCUCUUAACAGAAAAACAGCUUGGUGUCGGCUCUUUCGGUUCCGUGUCCCGGUCGGUCACUCGUCCAUCAUGGCGUGGACCAAAUACCAGCUGUUCCUUGCGGGGCUUAUGCUCACAACUGGCUCCAUCAACACUUUAUCGGCGAAAUGGGCUGAUAUGUUCUCGGCCAGGGGUUGCCAUAGCGACCCUGAGCACGCCUUCUCUCAUCCAUUUGUUCAGGCCGUGGGGAUGUUCCUGGGGGAGUUCUGCUGCCUCGCCGUCUUCUACAUUUUGCUGUGCUACGACCGACGCAGUCCGGAGCCUCGGAUGAACCAGGGCCAGAGCUUCAACCCUCUCCUCUUCCUCCCCCCGGCCCUUUGUGACAUGACGGCCACCUCCAUCAUGUAUGUGGCUCUCAACAUGACCAGCGCCUCCAGCUUCCAGAUGCUGCGUGGAGCCGUCAUCAUCUUCACCGGCCUGCUCUCUGUGGCUUUUCUGGGCCGUCGCCUGGAAAGGAGCCAGUGGCUUGGCAUCAUGAUCACCAUCCUGGGCCUGGUGGUCGUGGGCCUCGCGGACUUCUUCAGCGGCCACAAAGAUGAUUCGCGCAAAAUUACUGACAUCAUCACCGGAGACCUUCUGAUCAUCAUGGCCCAGAUCAUCGCUGCCGUGCAGAUGGUUCUGGAGGAAAAGUUUGUCUACAAACACGACGUCCAUCCUCUGCGGGCCGUUGGUACUGAAGGGUUGUUCGGCUUCUUCAUCCUGUCGCUGCUGCUCAUCCCCAUGUAUUUCAUCUACGUGGGCAACUUCAGCGACAACCCGCGCCACGUGCUGGAGGACGCGCUGGACGCCUUCUGUCAGAUCGGCCACCGGCCCCUCAUCCUGCUGGCGCUGCUGGGGAACACCGUCAGCAUCGCCUUCUUCAACUUCGCCGGCAUCAGCGUCACCAAGGAGAUCAGCGCCACCACGCGCAUGGUGCUGGACAGCCUGCGCACGCUGGUCAUCUGGGUGGUGAGCCUGGCGCUGGGCUGGGAGCAGUUCCACGGCCUGCAGGUGCUGGGCUUCAUCGUGCUGCUGCUGGGCACGGCGCUGUACAACGGGCUGCACCGCCCCCUGCUGGCCAGGGUGCCGUGCUGCGCCGGGCUGCUGGGCGCGGAGGACGGCGGCCCCGCGGAGCAGGAGAGGCUGCUGGGCGACGGCAGGGUGCAGGCCGGGGACGACGGCUAAGACCUGGGCACAGACCACGACGCUGCCAAAGACACUGCACCUCCUUAAAGCUGCCAGUGACUCUCUUUAAUUUUUGUUUACACAUUUUUAAUGUAAUUUAAGUGUUUUUAAAGAAACAGCUCAGCAACUUGGUUAUCGCUGAGCUGGAACAGCUUAUUAGUUUUACAUGAAAAGCAGGGAUUGGUGGGUUCAACAUGACAGUAAGACAUUAGAUUAGCACAGCUUGAAAGGGAGGCUCAGCAGAGUGUCGGACUCUGACCCCUCAUAAAAACCACAGUGUGGGUCCCUCUGGAAAACAGAAACCCAGGGUAUUUACUGAGCAUCAGUGGUGCCGAUGAACAUGUUACCUUUUAUACUAAGCUGCACAGACAUGAGACUGGCAUCAACUUUGAAAUUUAACUCUUAUACACAGAAACAUUAUAAAAACAUCUGGAGGAACUUCAAUCCCGCUAUACUGUUGUUGUUAUUUCUUAGGAAUUUCUUUUAAUCCACGAUGCCAUUAUCAACAUUUUCAAACAAUUUAUUGCACAAUCGCUACAUUACGAAGCAAACACAAGCCCUUUAAGUUUCAUACUGACCCUUGUGUUAAUUUUAAUAUGUUUAGAUGUCCAGGUGUGUUGGAACACUGCAGUUCUUUAUUGCUGCUGACUGUGUCAGCGUUGUGGCUCUGCACACGUGCGGAGUUCAAUGCUUUACGGAGAAGUUGAGUUUUGGUCCAUUACUUGUAGCGUAAUUACAGGAAUCGAGUGCUUUUUGCUGUGACGUGGAUCAGCGAGCUCAAACACCAAGUGAUCGGCGCUUGUUGCUGUAAAUUCUACUUCUCCUUCACUGAUCGCAUACAGAUAAAAAAGGGAACCUGCAGUGGAUUUGUACUCAGGGUUGAGUUGACCUGUAGAAGGCUGCACUCAGUGGAUGUAAUGCAAUGAGCAAAAUACACAUUUAAACAACC